GUACAGGACGGAACAGAAGUGGAAGAGGGCCAGGUAACAGCCCCCUCUUCCACCCUACUACCCGAUACGACCACACCAUUUCCUGCCACAUCUCAAUCCAUUCCAUCGACCACAUCCCCGUCAGCGACCCAGACUCCCGCCGCAUCUACAAGCCAGAUCUCCACCACAGCCACAGCUUUAGCCACCACUAGUACGAGUACCACAUUCCCCACCACCAUCACGACCCCCACGCCCAUCGGGCUGCCCAUAGCCAAGGUGACAUUAACGAGACAGAAGGCUAAGGUCUCCCACGCAGGUGUGUACACCUGUACAAAUGCCUGUACAUCACCUGUCAAUCUCACUCUACAUGUGCUGAUAGGUGACGAGGAAACAGCAGCUAUGCAGCACCUGAGCGGAGCACCCAGCCCCAUCCAGAGGGGCGGAGCCAGCAGCUUAUUGGUCGUCUCAGCCGUGACGUCAUGGACCUGGCACAAGAUGACGUCAUGAGGUUGCUAGUUAUCAUCCACCUAAAAUAUCCACCUAAAAAAUAUAGAAAUUUGGAUAAAAAAAAUGUAUUUUGAUAUCUUGGUGUGUGUGGGUGUUAGCUUUGAUAUAGGCUUUAAGGGUUAUAUGUAUCGCUAAUGUAUGUAUAUAUGUAUUAGUGCACCAAGAGAUAUUAGCAUGGAAUUGCUAGUUGGCAUCUCACUGUAUCUAUCACCUGUCAAAGCAAAGACAACAAAAACAGCUCUGACAACUACAACACAAACAAUAACAGCAGAAACAACGACAACAACGACAGCGUCAUUAGUAUUAGCUCAGUGCCCAAACUGCUCAUGUUUACUGAAAAUUGUAGACUACUCAGCUAUUGCUCCAGACUGAUCCCUUCAAGUAACUCUCGAAUGGAAGACUGACCCUCCAAGUAAGUCCUUAAGACUGACCCUCCAAGCAACUCCUUAAGACUGACCCUCCAAGCAACUCCUUAAGACUGACCCUCCAAGCAACUUCUUAAGACUGACCCUCCAAGCAACUCCUUAAGACUGACCCUCCAAGCAACUCCUUAAGAC